AUGCAUUAUUUCUUUGAGGGUGAUUACCACCUGGCAAUGGUGCAGCGUAUCGUGGAAUCAGAAGAGGUCGAUCCAACAUACGAACUUGUGGGAAUCGUUACGUUGGAGGAUAUUGUUGAAGAGAUUCUUCAGGCCGAAAUUGUGGAUGAAACGGAUGUUGUCAUGGACAAUGUUCAUCGGAUACGUAGGCGCAAUGCUCAGGUUUGUUCUUUUUUGUACAGGACGCUGAGGAGCUGA